AUGACGUCCGAAAGGAUUAACCUUGGAAACGGUGUCUUCAAAGUCACAGUCUCCGUCCCACGAGUGAGACAAUCGGGAGCAGGGUGCUUCGUGUGUGCCCCAACCACAAUCCCCGUGCAUUCUCCCGCAGCUGCAUUGUCCAUCGUCUGGCGAGCGAGUUUAUUCGGCCAUGGUUUCUCGAGCUCGUGCCUCUCUUGGUGGUCCUCCUCAUUGUUGUUCACGUUCUCGCUCUGUCAAGGACUGAAAUAUAUUCUAGAGAUGAUACUUCACUCUGCCGUUUUAACAAACAGUUGGUCUGCCCGGGCCCAAAGACCAAUAUUCUCUAUUUUCGUCCGCCGUUGUUUUACAUCAGCUGAACUUUCACCUUCCGUUAAUCCCCCUAAGGUCUCACAUAUAGAUGGAGACUCCAAUGAUUUUCUCUCGUGGCUCGAGCACAAGGCCGGGACAAAAAUCUCAUCUGCACUAGCAAUUGGGAACUCGUCCCACGGCAGGACACUGUAUGCAGCAGAGGAUAUUCAAUCAGGAGAUUGCAUACUGAAGAUUCCCUUCAAUGUCCUGCUGUCUUCAGAUAAUCUUCCCCCGGAAAUAAAUUCCCUAUUUGGAGAUGAAAUUAGUAGUGUGGCCAAACAAGCUUUACUCAUUCUGCAUGAGAAAUGGCUUGGGAAAAAUUCUGAAUGGGCGCCUUACAUAAAUUGCCUUCCUCGCGAUUUGCACAACACGGUUUUCUGGAGCGAUGAGGAAUUAGAUAUGAUCCGGCCUAGUGCUUUGUAUCGAGAAACACUCAGGCAAAAGGCUCAAAUCGAAAAAGAUUUUUCAGCUGUUAAAUUGGCGUUUCAUAAUAUUUCCUACCAAUUUCCUUAUGUUAUGCCUCGAGAGUUUGCAUAUGCAUAUGGGUUGGUUACAUCCCGUGCAUGGGUAGGCUUGAGGGGCGUGUCAAUGAUUCCAUUUGCAGAUUUUUUAAAUCACAGUUGUAAUUCAGAGUCGUACGUUUUGAGUGAUGAAAGCCAACAGCACUCUGUGGUCAUAGCUGACCGUGACUUUGCUUUAGGGGACGAGGUUCUGAUAAACUAUGGCAACUUCUCAAAUGCUUCUUUACUGUUGGAUUUUGGUUUUACAGUUUGUGGCAACAAAUAUGAUCAGGCUCAGAUCGAGCUUACGGUACCUCAGAGUGAUGUACUUUAUGAGAAGAAGCUGGAACUUCUCGAAAGGCAUCAGACUCCAAGCGUAAAAGACAUUAAUGAAUUCACCUCUUUGGGUAACGCAUUCACUUUCAGGAAAGUGAAAAACGACAGUCUAAAGGGGAAAGGCAUUCCACAGUCGGCACGUGCGUUUUCUCGCAUUUUAGCUUGUCAUUCUCAAGAAGAGUUAAACGAGCUGGCUUUAGUAGCUGAAGAGAAUGAUGGGCGGCUGGCCAGGUGUCCUCUAAAGGAUAAGAAUCGGGAGAUUGCUGCGCAUCGGCAUUUGUUUACUGAAAUUUCGCGGUUGAUUGAAGAAUAUGAUAAACGUAUUGAGUUUCUAGCUUAUGCUCCGAUGUGUACUUGUGGAAAGAGUGCUACGAGGAGGCAAUUGGCUCGAGAGCUGUUGAGCGGCGAGUCGUGUGUUCUGAAAUCUGCUGCUGUGUGGCUUGAGAACUACUGUUUGGCCUUGUCGAUGAACCGAUGA